UCUCUUUGUUUCUUCUCUUCUCCCCAACAUCUCUUCCCACAUCUCUCCAAGACCCAUUAGACGUCGUUUUCGUCUCGCGAGAUUCGCUGUCUCUCCCAGCUUUAUACGUCUUAUUCUCCUCCAGAUUCGCCCUCUUCCACGCACCCCCAAUCCAUCCCAAGUCAGUUUCCCAAAACGGACAAAACAUCCAGACAACCACACACCGGAACCUGUCGCAACACACCCCAACCUCUUUCGCUGCCCAAUCCUCCCGUAGUCGCGUCCAAGAUGCCUCGCGAAGGUACCCGGUCGGCCACCGGCAAUUCACGUCCGCGCGUCUUCCAGUCGGUCGACACCGCUCCCGCCAUCAAGCGCACUUCCAAGCCCAAGGCCAAGAAGCCCGCUGCCGAGCCUGCUGUGAAGCCUGCGAAGCCCGUCGGCGUCACCAAGAAGAAGGUCGCUCCUAAGAAGGAUGGUGCCGUUGCAAAGGUCAAGGCUGCUGUUAAGAAAGUCGAGGCCAAGGCAAAGAAGGCUGCCGCCCCCAAGCCAAAAGCCGCCCCAACCAAGACUACCCCGACUCCUGCUCCUGCCGUAGCUGCUAAGUAAAUGUCGUUACUAUGAUGAGCCCUUGUCGAGGGGAUGUUCAUGUCUAUCUGAAGGCGAAUAUCCUUUGGAGUGGGUGUUUCUGAUACAAAAGAAUUCUUAAUCCCUCACGAUAGUCUCAUCUCGGGGCGAUGGCGGCUGCUUCUUGUGUGUUUACAAUGCAUGGUCUUAUUGAAAUUUCUUGUUGCUGCGCGUGACGCGUGCGAGUGCAUCCAUCAGUCUAUCCGCACAA